AUGUCGAUACACUACGAUUCCAUCGUCAUCGGCUCCGGUCAAGGCGGCACUCCGCUAUCGCAAGCACUCGCCAAAGCGGGCCGACGCACCGCGCUCAUCGAGUCAACACACGUCGGCGGCACAUGCGUCAACGAAGGCUGCACCCCGACCAAGACCAUGGUCGCCAGCGCCCUCGUUGCGCAUGGAGCUUGCCGUGCGGCAAGUUACGGCGUACAGUUCAAGAAAUCCAGCCUGACGCUAAACAUUGAGACGGUCAGAAAGCGGAAGCGAGACAUUGUGGAUAGUUUCCGGAGCGGAAGCGAGAACCGCCUCAAGGACACCGCGAACCUGGAUCUCAUCAUGGGCCAAGCGAGGUUCACGGGCCCAAAGACCAUCGAAGUCAGGGUCAACGAUUCCGGGAUGAAGGAGACACUCGAAGCUGAUCAGAUCUUUAUCAACGCCGGAUGCUCACCGGCGCCUCUGAAUGUCAAGAACGCAGAGACCGUUACAGGCAAUCUGCUCAAUUCGACGACGAUCAUGGAGUUGGGCGAGGUUCCUCGGCACCUUGUCAUCUUCGGUGGUGGAGCGGUCGGUCUCGAAUUUGCGCAGAUGUGGAAACGGUUCGGAGCAAGGGUCAGCUUGAUCCAACGCAACGAUCGACUGCUGCCACAAGAGGACGAAGACGUGUCGGAAGAAAUCCGCAAGAUUCUAGUGGAAGAUGGAGUCGACGUCUACGUUGGCGCCGCGCCGAGAGAAGUGUCGAACGUAACGCUGGGUCAAAUCGUGGUAUCGAUAACGCAGCAGGACGGCAGGGUCAAGUCCCUGCUAUGCUCACACGUGCUUACUGCGACCGGCCGCACGCCAAACACUGCGGCACUCAACCUGGAAGCAGCAGGGGUCGAGGUCGACGGACGGGGCUUCAUCAAAGUCAACGAGCACCUCGAGACUUCGGCACCGGGCAUCUACGCUCUCGGAGACAUCAAGGGCGGUGUUGCCCAGACGCACGUGUCUUACGACGACUUCCGCGUCCUGCGAGACAACCUCCUCGCCAGUCCGAACCAAGUGGCAAAGGCCUCGAUCGAGAACAGGCUGAUUCCGUACUGCAUCUUCAUCGACCCGCAGCUCGGACGGGUCGGGUUGACGGAACGAGAAGCCCGCAAGCGCUACCCGGACAGAAACAUCAAGGUGGCCAAGAUGCCCAUGGCAUGGGUGGCGCACGCCAUCGAGAGGGCCGAACUGAGAGGCUUCAUGAAGGCCGUGGUGGACGCCGACUCGAAGGAGAUCCUGGGGUAUACCUGUCUCGGCCUCGCGGGUGGCGAGAUCAUGAGUAUGGUGCAACUCGCCAUGAUCGGGGGUCUCACGUACGACGAGCUGGAGAACGCAAUGUUUGCACAUCCGUGUUUGUCUGAGAGUUUGAAUAAUCUCUGGGGGUACUUGGAGUGA